AGCCUAGCCAGGCAGUCGAGGGGUUUUCGCAGUGAGUCGUUGUGCCAGUUUGGGAUCGGGGCGAGAUGAGGUCGCGAGAGGACGGAAGAUAAAAGGCGCGUGCUGGCCAUGAGCGUCGCCACGAAAGUUUACCCCCCUGGGGCACCUCUUUCGAUCAUAGAUAUCCAGAACUCAACCGUCACGCCAGUGAUCUCUCCGAUACCAAAAUCACGAUGCAUACCCGAAACUUCGUUCUUUUCGUUGCGCCAGUUGCUCUUGCUGCAACACCACGAGCGCGCUCUGGCCUACCAAAGAGCCUAGCUCAAUCUAACCUCCUCAAUUCUUUUGCAACGUGUGAAACGGGUUACGUCACAUGCGAAAAUGGCUGCAUGCCCUCCGACAGUGUAUGCUGUAACGACAGUACCGAUGAGUACUGCCUAGAAGGUUAUUACUGCAUUCCGAACGCGUGUUGUCCUGAAGGCGAAAUAUGCAGUGGUUCUAGCGAUGACGACGCCGAUUGUGAUAUUGGCGAGACGGAAUGCGGAGAUCUCUGUAUGCCGAUAGACGGAACUUGCUGUUCUGACGGGCUUCACUACUGUCCUGACUUCGGCACAUGUACCGACGAUGGGUACUGCUGCGACCUAGGCGACGACUGCAGUGGAAGCAGUUUCUCGGAUUUCUCCAGUGCCACCGCCUUCACCUCCACCACUAGCCGCACGACAACAAGGACGACUACUAGCACCGUAGACUUGGCAUCCACGAGUAGCAGCAGCCGAACGACAUCGACGACAUCGACGAGCUCAACAAGCUCGAGAAGCUCGACCACUUCUAGCUCUACCACCGACGACUCAAACAAUGAUGCACCCGUCACUUCUGCUCCUGCUGUCACCACAACUGUAUCCCAACAGGCUGGCGGAGUUUUCACAGCCGACGGCAGGGUCGCUGCUGGCCUUGCUGUGGUCGCCGCAUUGCUGGUUUAGAGGGGAAAAGAUUGGUUGAGGGAGAUAAGAAAUAUUGAUAAUUAAGGGGGCUUAAAAUUCUUGUAUAUAUUUAGGUGCUUAGUCGA